CUGCCCCGCGUGCUCUUAUUGGUCAAAGCGCCACGCGACCAGCUUGAGAAGGGGGGCUCCCCGGCGCGUGCCGCUUUUAAACCGACUUGUCGCCCUGAGACGUCAGUAAAGAAAUCCCCUUCACAACAGGUGUAAGAAGAGAAAUCCUCCACGGCAAAAAUCCCGUUCCCAUAUCCACAGCCACCCACUUUCCUCCAAAAAGCACAAAACAACAAAAUGGAUGGAAUGAACGUGGACGGUGUAAGCACGGAUACAAGGGAUGUGGUUGAACUCGACGUCCAGCAUCCGAGCUUGGGGCGGGGGGAGCAGCGCGAGUACCCACCAGCUUUGGCACUCAUGGCCAGCAGUGACCCACGCGCCUGGCUGGCUCCCGUGCAGGCUGGCACCUGCGCGGCACACGCCGAAUACCUGCUGCACUCGCCCGGCUCGAGCGCAGAAGGCGUGUCCUCUGCCUCCAACUUCAGGAAGAGCAGCAAGAAUCCUGUCAAAGUACGCGAGCUCUGCCGGCUUAAAGGAACUGUGGGUGCAGAUGAAGGCAGACAGCGGGCCCCAUCCAGCAAAGCGACCAACGUCGUGCAGAAACAGAGGCGAAUGGCUGCCAAUGCUCGGGAGAGGCGAAGGAUGCACGGAUUGAACCACGCGUUCGACGAGCUGCGCAGUGUCAUCCCAGCCUUAGACAAUGACAAGAAGCUCUCCAAAUACGAAACUCUACAGAUGGCCCAGAUCUACAUCAACGCUCUGUCCGACUUGCUCCAGGGCCCCGGUGCUAAAGCUGACCCGCCAAACUGCAACUUGCUGCCUGCCAACGUGUUCGAGGAGGACCGCUCUCCCAGAGGAUCGCCGAGCGUCUGUCGGAGAGGCACGGGCGCGGGUUAUCCGUACCAGUACGAGGACGGAACAUUCGCCUCUUUCAUGGAGCAAGACCUCCAGUCGCCCUCUGGAACGAGCAAGUCCGGUUCGGAGGCCAGUAAGGACUCGCCUCGGUCGAACCGGAGCGACGGAGAGUUUUCCCCUCACUCGCACUUCAGUGACUCAGACGAAACGCACUUGGAGAUGCAGAGCGAAGACGAGCUGUCGGAACUGAAACUGCCCAAGCACCGCGCGUUUUAGAAAACGCACCAACUGGACUGUCCAUCAAUCGUGUCAAUCGCAUAUUUGGGCUUUGUAAUUGGUUGUUUUAUUUAUCCAUUUGUUUUUAUGAUCUUUUGACAAUGAUGUUGUUGUGUCUGACGCCAAUAGAUUUAGUUGCCUUCUCGUGACAUUGACCAGACCCCUACGCCAUGUGAACUGCCGCGUGCAGCAGUGCCAUGGGCUCGAAUGUCAUGCAUAAAACUGUCUUCCUUGAACUGUUUUGACACUGUUUUUUUUUUUUUUUUUUUUUUCAGACAUGAUUGUCAUGGGCCUAAUUUCAUAUACGAUUGAUUCUGAACCCAUGUAAGAAUUUGCAACUUUUAAAGUUUACGUGCACUUUAAAAACGGGCCAUAGGCUUGAGAAACAUUCUUUUGUCAUGGAACAAGAAAUUUUGUGUUUAUGUAGAAGUAAUGCCAAUUUGAUGAAUAUAUUUAAUAUAGCCAUUAGAUUUUGUACAUCCGUUCAUUUUUAAUAUUUGAUUUCAAUGCAAAUAAGUUGUGUUCUGCUUCUGUAGCUGAAGUAAGCUAUUUAUUUCUGUUUGCCUUGUCUAUUUUUGCGUUAUUGAAAAUAAGCAGGUUUGCUACUCAUGUUUUGUUUUACUGUAGAAAUAAAAAGGGAGAA